AGUGGAAGAGCCAACAGGAGAAUCAAACAUCGUGGCUAUUUUCAAUAACUAUACAGAUGCUGUAAAAGCAUGUACACAUCCAAUCUUGAAGUUUGAAAACUUUAAACCAAGAUUAGCAUCAACACUUAGCACCUAUGAAAUCAAUCACAGAUCAGUUAGAAUCUGGGAUAUUCUCAACAUUUUUUCAAGAAAGAUAUCACAACAGGAUCUAUCAAAUUUGAUGCUAUUGAGUAUAUCCAGAUGCAAAAAACAGGACCACACAAAGGACACAACAAUAAGAAUGUUUCCAUACUACUAUACAAGAGAAAAAAGACUAGAAAGAAACGAAUUCAGCAUCAAACUAACCAAGUUUUUAGACUUGAUAACAGAACAAGACCUCAGUGAUAUCAUGCAACAAGUCGGCGCUAAAGCGUGUUACACAUCACAAACAAUUGAAAAAUUUAGAAGGUUUACAAGUUUAAAUUUCAUCUCCCAUGAAGACCUUACCAAAGCAACAGCAAAUGAUAUCGAUUUUAAAGGACACAAGCUCACAUGGGUGGCUAGAACAGCGAAACUCUGCUACUACUGCAGGGACACCCAACACAUGAUUGCAAACUGUAAUGUUAAACCUCUGAACAACUCUCGCACAAAACAUAGAAUACAGUCAGAGUCAGAUUUGCCACAUAUCAAGAAGGAAAAUGCAAUAUACAAACACAUGGAUGAAAUGGAAGAAAACACUGAAUCCACCUCUGAUCUCAUCUCUAACUCCACUUCUGAUUCCACAAUCUCCACAACAAAACAACUAAUCGAGACAGAAGACAUCAAAACAACUCAAAGCCUAAUCAACAAAAAACUCAACAAAAUGGAAGAAACGAUGACACAGUUCGCUGAACUCUUCAAUAAUAAUCUUUUAGACCAAAACAGCCUUCCUGACUUGACUAGUUUUCAACAAUGA